CAGUGCUCUCUGUAAAUGUGUGGAUUGUGUUUGGAAUUUUGUUUUACAGAUAGCAUUCUGCUCAAGAGCAGUUGUGUUACUGAGAUUGAACAUAUUUUUCAAAUUUGUUAUAGGAAUGGUCUGUGUUUAAAUAAAAGUGGAAAAAAAUCCCAGAAGUGGGAUGAAAUGAACAUCAUAGCUACAUACCACCCAGCAGGCAAAGAUUAUGGCUUGAUGAAAAUAGAUGAGCCAAGUACUCCUUAUCACAGUAUGGUAGGAGAAGAUGAUGAGGAUGCAGUGAGCGAUUCAGAAUCAAAUGAGCCCUUAAAAGCAGAUGUGUUGAGUAAAAAACUGGCAGCUGCAGCUGAAGGUAAAGGACCCAAGAUUUUAGCAAAGCAAGAGGAAAGCAGUGAGGAGGAGGAAGAGGAUGAGGAAUUAACACCUGAAGAACGAGAGAAAAAGAAACAGUUUGAAAUGAAGAGAAAAAUGCACUACAAUGAAGGACGGAACAUCAAACUGGCAAGACAGCUAAUUGCAAAAGAACUGCAUGGUGAAGAAGAGGAUGAUGAUGAGGAUGAAGAGAUGCAUGAUGCUGCAGAUGUAGAAACAAUGAAUACAGAAUCUACUGAACAUGGGGAAAGGAGGGCUCCAAUAGGCAACCUUAUGACCUUUCUCCAUGGCUUGAAGCUGCCAUCUCUCUGCACUCUGCUGUAAAACAGAGGCAACUCCGCUCCCCAGCUGCAUUCGCCAGUGGAAAGAAGGCACACCUUUGCAGCAUUUUUCCAUCUCUAGUGUUGAAGUCCAUUCCACCUUGCCUCAUAACCAGCUUCAGAGCCACAACUGGUAAUUAUCAAUUUUAGACUGCUCAUGGCCAAUAGAUUCCAUAAACAUAACUGCAAGUUUAUCAACCCAUCAACUAACUGGUUCACCUCCACACCAUGACAUACUGAAAUACUUUCCGUUAACUUGAUGUAGUUCUGACUUUUGUUUUGUAUCAUUCUGCUUAAACCUUGAUGUUUCAUUAUCACUUAAUUUCUCUAUCAACUGUCAUAGCUUUUGGUCUCUCUACUUGAUCAGUUCUUCUGAAAUUAAGUACUUGUCUCCCUUUUGUAGCAGCAGGUGGAUUGAAUGCCCUCAGACUGAUCAAGUGUGAUUCUUUGUGGCAGUGUUGGUCAAAGGAUGAUGGAAUAUGGACAAAACUAUUAAUAAACCUGUCUUCUGCCAUUGUCCAUGUCUUAAGGAAUUCCUACAGUGAGAUGAUGAAUGUUCAGCAACAUAGCUGUGUUAAAGUAAUGUCAAAGUUUUACUGAAGUAACUUUUUGAGAUGACAUCUCUUGAUCACUCUCUCAUCUGUAUUUUGAGGGCACAGAAGAAUCUCCUUAUUCAUAAAUGUUAGUUAAACAGAUAUUAGGGCUACAGAAUGUUUCUCAGCUCGUUUUAACACUCGCUACUCAAGUGUCUUCCUAGUCUGUGCUUUUGGUCCUAUUAAGCAAUUGGGUAUUUAAAACAGUAUUUCAGUUUGGUUGUUUCCUUCACAGAAGUGGAUCAAAAUACUAUCAAUAUUCUUGUUAGUGAGAUUUCCCUGUUAGGACUGUAAAACUGUGGAAAGAUUUUUCAUCUGGAUAGCUUUCGAAGAGCUCUUCAACUUCAAAUUAUUGUGUUUUAGAGUGCUUUCUUAGAAAGCAAAAAAGAGGGGUUUCUUAGAGUAUUGGGUGAUGUAGGAGCUGAUUUCUGUGAUAGCUUAUUUUGGCUUCACUCUGUUAAACUGACUUAAGAGCUCUGAUGUUUGCUUUUAACUGCAUAGGAAAUAGCUGUCGUGCUCUGUUAUAUUGUAGCUACAUUUUGAUAAUUUCUUCCAUUCAACUUCAGUUCUUCCGAAGUAAUAGAGUUCAUCUGGUGAUGUGGCUGCCACUCACCUACUAUGUCUGAGACAGUACUUAAGUGAGAGCUGGCAUGCAGCGUCUUUUUAUUUCAGAGGAAUAACAUGACUUCUGUAGUACUGAUCAUCAUUCCGGGUAAAGAUGGCACAUAAGAGGCAUUUAUUAGUGGUCCGUUGUGAUUCUAGGGCUCCACUGGCUCCUGGGUUGUUUUUCAGGCAAUUUGAGACCUUCUUACUUGUAAUUUUUUUUGUCCUUCAAGGCUCUGUGAUUAUUUUUUUUCUUAUCCAAUGUUCCUUUCUACCCUCUAAUCAUGUCUGUUUUGUUUUUGAGCAAAACUAACAGUACUAUUCUAAUCUCUACGCUCACCUUUUGAAGAAGGGGCUAGUCUUAGGACAGGUUUUUAAGGCGGCUUCGGUCAGAUACCACCAGGUCUGCUAAUAUAAG